UCACCAGAAAUCCGAAAACGACCUCAUCAGAUAUGAUCUACAGCAGAAGGUAUUAAUUCCUGGUAUUGGUUAAUCCGUCCGUCCUUUUCCACUAACGAAUCGAAUGGCUUCAUCGACAAUGCUCUCCAGUGGCCGUUCCUCGCCGGCGGCAUUCAUGGUGAACUCCAAGAAGCUGGGACCUGCAGCUGGAAGGAGAGGCAGAGAACUUAAUGUCAAGGGAAAGAGUUUUGGCCGUGUGAGAAUGGCCGUUGCAGUCAAUAUUUCUCGUUUCGAAGGUGUUUCUAUGGCUCCACCAGAUCCAAUUCUGGGAGUUUCUGAAGCAUUCAGAGCCGAUACAAGUGACGUGAAACUUAAUCUUGGUGUUGGAGCUUAUAGAACGGAAGAACUGCAACCAUAUGUGCUCAAUGUGGUUAAAAAGGCAGAAAAUCUUAUGCUUGAGAGAGGAGAAAACAAAGAGUAUCUGCCAAUCGAAGGUUUGGCUGCUUUUAACAAAGUCACUGCAGAAUUACUGUUUGGAGCAGAUAGUCCCGUAAUCCAGCAAGGAAGAGUUGCUACUGUGCAAAGUCUUUCAGGGACUGGUUCUCUUCGUCUUGCUGCGGCAUUCAUACAAAGAUAUUUCCCUGAAGCUAAAGUUUUGAUAUCUUCUCCUACUUGGGGAAAUCACAAAAAUAUUUUCAAUGAUUCACGGGUUCCCUGGUCAGAAUAUCGAUAUUACAAUCCUAGAACUGUGGGUUUAGAUUUUGAAGGCAUGGUGGAAGAUAUAGAGGCUGCACAAGAUGGAUCUUUUAUUCUUCUGCAUGGUUGUGCUCAUAAUCCAACUGGAAUAGACCCAACUCCUGAACAGUGGGCAAAAAUUGCUGAUCUAAUUGAGGAGAAGAACCACAUUCCUUUCUUUGACGUUGCUUACCAGGGAUUCGCUAGUGGAAGUCUUGAUGCAGAUGCAUCAUCCGUUAGAUCAUUUGCUUCGCGCGGCCUGGAGCUAUUUGUUGCUCAGUCUUACAGUAAAAACCUCGGUCUGUACUCUGAGAGGAUUGGAGCUAUCAACGUUGUUUGCUCCUCCCCGGAUGCAGCAGCCAGGGUGAAGAGCCAGCUGAAAAGGAUUGCAAGGCCAAUGUAUUCAAACCCUCCUGUUCAUGGCGCCAGAAUUGUUGCCAAUGUUGUGGGUGAACCAACUCUGUUCAACGAAUGGAAGCAGGAAAUGGAGAUCAUGGCUGGGCGCAUAAAGAAUGUCAGACAAAGACUCUUCAACAAUCUCUCUGAGAAAGACAAGAGCGACAAGGAUUGGUCCUUCGUUCUCAAACAAAUUGGCAUGUUUUCUUACACCGGCUUGAACAUGGCUCAGAGUGAUUAAUAUGACAAACAAGUGGCAUGUGUAUAUGACGAAAGAUGGAAGAAUAUCAUUGGCUGGUCUGUCGCUGGCCAAGUGUGAAUAUCUUGCCGAGGCCAUUAUUGAUUCCUUCUACAAUGUGAGCUAAGUGAGUUCAACCUCUGAGUCACUGAACGCUGGAAUUUUUCCAUCUUGUUCCAGAUUGUGAGAUCUGUGGAUUUUUCUAAGCAAUUUAUAAGGUUCAUUUUGAGAGUAUUUUUACACAGUUUAGAUGUUGCAGAAUUAAUUUAUUUGUUCAUAUGAGC